CUCGAGAAAAGUCCGCUACGUAUCACACAGAGAUUUUCGACGCUCCUGGGAAUUCGAGAAUCCAAGCAAAGGCAAUAAAGGCUUAGAGAGGCGCACACAUAACACACAGCAUAUACAACGAGGAGCAGCAUAUAAGCGCGUGGCGGGGAUGAAGGCGCGCAACGGUACUUUUUUCUUCCUGGCUCGCUCUUGCCGCUCACACACACGCACGCAUGCAUUCUCGUUCUGCUUGCAAUGGCUAUAAUUUGAAACACGCGUCCGGCGUCUUUUCUAUACACCUAUACUCGCAGGAGACGAGUCGACACGAUGGCACAGGAAAGCGUCGCCGGCUGUAGCUCGGAAUGAGGGCUCCAGUAAAAAAUAGGUGAUACCUGCUGCUGCUGCUGUGAUUGCGAGGCCGAGCUUGUUUGUCAGUUGUGUUUUUUUCGAAACGCGGGAAGAGCACUCUGCGGGCGAGAUGAGCGGCAAGAAGAUUGACGCAGGGAUAGGAGCAAAGGUCCUCGACACCAAAGUGAAAGUCUUGGCGAAGAUCUUCUUCUCCGCGAUAGUCGCGCCGGCACUGCUCUACACGCUCUUCUUCCUCUUCCUGCACUACCAGCAGCAACACCUGACGAAGCUGCAGGUGAAGGAGGUCGUCGUGAGAGAGAAACGCCCGGUCUACUGGAUCUACUCGAGAGACACGAGCACGACGCACCUGAAGCACGUGUUCGCCGUCUUGGACAGACUGGGCUUCGAACGCGGUAGUAACGAGUCCGACUGGGAUCUGCUCUGGUCGCACGACUAUCCCUUCAGGACUUUGUAUUCGUCUCUUAUCAAGCUGAAGCCUCAUCAGAAGGUGAACCACUUUCCUGGCUGUGGCUACAUCACGAACAAAGUCGAUCUGUCGACGACCGAGGGACCGUUCAUUCCGACGGCUUUUAAGAUUCCUGACAAUCGGGAGAGUUUGCUGAGCUACGUCAAGAAGAAUCCCGAGAAGAUUUUCGUGCAAAAGUCCAAUGCGCACAGGGGUAUCAAGAUCCAGAAAAUCGCCGAUCUGAAUUUGACGGCAGUCGGUUCGUUCGUGCAGGAGUUCGUCGAGCGGCCCUAUUUGGUCGAUGGAUACAAGUUUGACAUUGGAAUAUACACCGUCAUCACUUCCAUUGAUCCGCUGAGGGUGUACGCUUACAAGGGUGAUGUACUCUUCCGCUUCUGUCCUGUUCAAUACUACCCCUUUGACGCGGAAGUCGUUGAUAAGUACGUCGUGGGAGACGAUUAUCUGCCGAUCUGGAACGUUCCUUCCCUCAAGAAUUACUACACAAAGCUUGGAUUUUCCAUGAAGGAGUCGUUCGACUCUUACGUUCGCUCCAAGGGUCAAGAUCCUCAGAAGAUGUGGGAUGACUGCUUCGAGGCAAUCAGGAGUGUUAUUCUUCAGAAGGAAUCCCAAAUUCGCGAGAUCAUAAAACGCUUCAAAGGACGUCGAAACUUCUUUGAACUGGUCAGGUUUGAUUUCACCAUUGAUGAAAAUUUGAACGUCUUCAUGAUGGAGGCAAAUAUGUCGCCAAAUUUGUCAUCCGCUCAUUAUCCACCAAAUCAGCUUCUCUAUGAACAAGUCCUCUACAAUCUGUUCUCCUUGAUUGGAGUUGGGCAAAGAGUACGAAAAGAGUCUCUGAAAGCAAGAACCGUGGAAGAAGAAAAUAUGAUGGUUGCUGAUAAGAAUCUAGUUGUGUUGCCAGAAGUUUGCUCCAGCUGCGAUGAUUGUUUUAGGGUAGAGUGUCAGUUGUGCAAACCCUGUUUUACAGAAGAAACCAGGCUUACAUUAGCACAGAGUUACUGGGAACAUCAGAAUAAAAUGGAUUUUUUGAGGAUUUUUCCACCAACAAUAAAGAAAGAAAUGGUUUUGAAAGAUUAUUCCUUAAGAAAUCAAUUGCUUAUCAGGUGGUACCAAGGAAAGUGUGAGCUUGACCCAACAUGGUGUGAAUGAAAUUUAAUGGUUGGUGCCAUUUCAGUAUUUGUUAAGAGGCUGCCGAAAAAACCCUUUAUCGGUAAUUUUUGAUAUUGUUAUGAGUACUUUAAACCGCUAUUUUGUUGAUAAUAUUUCAUUAAAUUAUAUUUUUUAUAAUAAAAUCGAAUGUGCAAACUCGUCUAACAAAUUCUAGUUGGUGCUGAUAUGUUGUACAGUUUUAGCCAUAAAUUUAACUUUGUUUAUUCAAUUUACAAAAUGUACAUACAUCGAUGCGUUAUAAAAUCUUUAUAAAUUAUAUGUAUAUUAAAAAAUAAGUGUAACUUAAAGAAGUUAUCAUGUACUUAAAUUAUUCUAUGACAUAAUAUAAUAUGUGUUACAAGCAACAAUGUGCCAAGAAGAAAUAUUUUGGACUAUUCAUACAAUAUCAAAUUUGAAUUUAGAUUUGUUGAAAAAGCUUGCAAUGAAUGCAAUAAAAUUCCAUCCAUACUUUUUCUUUUGUUAUACAGUAUAAACAAUUUUCAAUGCUCAACACACAAGUAUUUAAGUCUGUGGUAAUAAAAUGUGAAUCAUUAACCAUGAAUCAUAAAUAGAUUAAAAAAAAAAACUAUUUUUUAACAAGUACUAAAACUGAUCAGCUUCUUCAACAAAUUUUAUUCAUUUAUUGUCCACUUUCUUCUUACGCCCUUUUUUUGCUUCUGGUGCAUUUGGAUUUGUACCCUUAUAAAAGUCUUUAA